CCUCGCCGGCAGGUCGGAGCGCACCGCGAGGACGGGGUCAGCCUCCGCGGGAGCCAUUCGCUCGUGCCAAACCAGGUCCCGGUCCCCCAGCUGCCCGUCCAGUCUGCCACGUCCCCGGAUUUGAACCCGCCCCAGGACCCGUACAGGGGCAUGCCAACCGGACUGCAAGGGCAGAGCGUCUCUUCGGGUAGCUCCGAAAUCAAAUCUGACGACGAGGGAGACGAAAACCUCCAGGACACAAAGUCUUCUGAGGACAAGAAACUAGAGGAUGACAAGAAGGAUAUCAAAUCAAUUACUAGCAAUAACGACGACGAAGACCUGACACCGGAGCAGAAGGCCGAGAGGGAAAAGGAAAGGAGAAUGGCCAACAACGCUCGGGAGCGCCUGCGCGUCCGCGACAUCAACGAGGCUUUCAAGGAGUUGGGCCGGAUGGUGCAGCUCCAUCUGAAGAGCGACAAGCCCCAGACCAAGCUCCUGAUUUUACACCAGGCUGUGGCCGUCAUCCUCAGCUUAGAGCAGCAAGUCAGAGAAAGAAAUCUGAACCCUAAAGCAGCGUGUCUGAAAAGAAGGGAAGAAGAGAAAGUAUCUUCGGAUCCUCCUCCGCUUUCCCUGGCAGGACCCCACCCCGGGAUGGGAGAUGCCUCCAAUCACAUGGGACAGAUGUAA